UUCAAAUUGAACACACAGUGAGUUUGAAGAUGAUGAAGUUGAUGAUGAUGAUACAGAGAUGGAGUUCUACAAAAGCUUCGAAAUUUGUUCAGCCUCGCCUCCCGGAGACAGGUACUCUGAGAAAUGCUUUACUCCUCCAUUGCCCGAAUGAGCUGUUUUCUUGCUGCGAACGAGACUUUUCUGGUUUCAGCGAUAGGAAUCUGUCUUACAGAGAGAGAUUGAGAAGUGGGCUUGUAGAUAUUAAGUCAGAUGAUGCUGUUAAUCUCUUCCAAGACAUGAUUCACUCUCGUCCUCGUCCUAGUCCUGUUGAUUUCAGUAGAUUGUUUGGUGCUGUUGCCAGGACAAAACAGUACGAUCUUGUUUUAGCUCUCUGCAAGCAAAUGGAAUUGAAUGGGAUUGCACAUAGCAUCUACUCUUUGAGUAUUAUAAUCAAUUGCUUCUGCCGACGCCGAAAACUCGAUUUUGCUUUUUCUGUUUUGGGGAAGAUCCUGAAACUUGGGUAUGAGCCUAACACCAUCACUUUUAACACUUUACUCAAUGGCUUAUGUCUCGAGGGCAGAGUUUCCGAAGCGGUUGAGUUAGUUGAUCGAAUGGUAGAAUUGGGACAUACACCCAAUGUCAUUACAAUCAACACUGUGGUCAAUGGACUUUGUCUCAAUGGUAAAGUGUCUGAAGCUGUGGUUUUGAUAGAUCGAAUGGUAGAAAUGGGACAUACACCCAAUGUCAUUACAAUCAACACUUUGGUCAAUGGACUUUGUCUCAAUGGUAAAGUGUCUGAAGCUGUGGUUUUGAUAGAUCAGAUGGUUGAAAAUGGUUGUCAGCCCAGUGAAGUUACAUAUGGACCGGUUUUAAAUGUAAUGUGCAAGUCCGGCAAAACUGCCUUGGCCAUGGAGUUGCUAAAAAAGAUGGAAGAAAGAAAGAUCAAGCUCGAUGCAGCCAAAUACAAUAUCCUCAUUGAUGGCCUUUGCAAAGACGGGAGCCUGGACGAUGCAUUCAACCUAUUCAAUGAAAUGGAAAUGAAAGGGAUCAAAUCAGAUAUUAUUACCUACAACACUCUCAUUAGAGGCUUCUGUAAUGCUGGUAGAUGGGAUGAUAGUGCCAAGUUGCUUAGGGAUAUGAUCACAAGGAGAAUCACCCCAGACGUCAUCACAUUCAACGCAUUGAUUGAUAAUUUUGUGAAAGAGGGAAAAUUUCUAGAGGCCGAAGCACUGCACAAUGAGAUGGUCCAACGAGGUAUAUCUCCUGAUACUAUUACAUAUACUUCUUUGAUAGAUGGGUUUUGCAAGGAGAACCGCCUAGACGAGGCAAACCAGAUGCUGGAUCUGAUGGUUAGCAAAGGGUGUGAUCCUAAUAUCGUGACUUACAGUAGUCUCAUAAAUGGUUAUUGUAAGGCUAAGCGGGUCGAUGAUGGUUUGGAACUUUUCCGCAAAAUGUCUUUGAGAGGAGUGGUUGCAGAUACAGUCUCUUAUACCAGUCUUAUCCAAGGGUUUUGUCAAUCGGGAAAACUUAGCCUUAAUGUUGCUAAAGAACUCUUUCAGGAGAUGGAUUCUCGUGGUGUUCAUCCUGAUAUUGUGACUUAUUCUAUUUUGCUGGAUGGGUUGUGUGACAAUGGGGAAACAGAAAAAGCAUUGGAUAUUUUUGAAAAAAUACAGAAGAGUGAGAUGAAGCUUGAUAUUAAUAUCUAUAAUAUCAUUAUUCACGGGAUGUACAAUGCUAGUAAAGUGGAUGAUGCUUGGGAUUUAUUCUGUAGGCUCCCUCUCAAAGGAAUGCAGCUUGAUGUUAGGGCAUACACCAUAAUGAUUUCAGGAUUAUGUAAGAAAGGGUCACUCUCUCAAGCAAAUAAAUUGUUUAGAAAAAUGAAAGAGGAUGGGCCUGCGCCAAACGACUGUACAUACAACACUCUUAUACGAGCACAUCUCAGAGGUAGUGACAUAACCACAUCAGCUGAACUCAUCGAAGAAAUGAAAAGGGGUGGGUUUGCUUCUGAUGCUUCGACUAUAAAGAUGGUUAUGGAUAUGUUAUCAGAUGGUAGAUUGGAUAAAAGUUUUUUGGAUAUGCUUUCUUGAAUCAACGAGAGAUAUAAG